AUGAUCAAAGAACAAAUGAAGCAAUAUGCUGUUUGUAAUGAAGACUUUAAUGAAAUGCAGCAGGAUAUGAGUAGAAUAGAGGAUAGGUAUGAUGAAAUAGCACCUAAUACACAAAGUAUUGAACAACAGGAUCAAGCAGAAGGUAAUCAGGACUUGCAUCCUGAUUUUACAGUGAACUAUAAUCUAUCAGAUGAUUUAGGUAUACCAUCAGUUGAUAAUACUGAACCACUUACUAUGAAUGAACUGCCAGACAAUGAAUAUAGACAUAUGGUACAGACAUUGAACAAGGAGCAAAAAGAAUUUUUCUAUCAUGUACUGCAUCUCAUAAAAACAUCAGAAGAAGCAUUUUACUGUUUCCUAAGUGGUGGUGCAGGUGUAGGCAAAUCACAUGUUACUAAAGCCUUGCAUCAAGCUGCUUUAAAAUACUAUAACACCAGACCAGGUAUUAACUUUAAUGAAGUAAAAGUAUUAAUGCUAGCACCUACUGGURAAGCAGCAUAUAACAUUAAGGGCAAUACUAUUCAUAGUGCUCUAGCAAUACCAGCCUGUCAGUCAUUAAGGAGAUAUAAAAGUCUUGAUUCAAGCAGAAUGAAUACAAUAAGAUGUCAGCUUGGUGGGAUUAAACUUAUAUUUAUUGAUGAAAUAUCCAUGGUAGGGAAUACAAUGUUCACUGUCCAAAUAUAUAAUAGACUAAAAGACAUCAAGGGCAGCUCGCUGCGUUUCGGUGGUGUUAGUAUUGUUGCUAUAGGAGAUUUAUUCCAACUUCAACCUGUAAUGGAUAGUUAUAUAUUUAAAGACAUGGAUAAUGAUGAGUAUGGUGUUCUUGCACCUAAUGUAUGGAAAGAACUUUUUAAAAUGUUUGAACUCAAACAAAUAAUGAGACAAAGAGUUUGCAAAAAGUUUGCUGAAUUAUUGAAUAGAUUAAGAGAAGGUAAUCACACUAAAGAAGACAUUGCAAAAUUAAAGACUAGAUGUAUUUCUGAAACUAGUCAAAACUAUCCAAAAGAUGCUCCACAUUUAUUCAAUCAAAAUGCAAAAGUGAAUAAUUUCAAUGACAAAGCUCACAAUGCAUYAUCAGGUACCAAGUAUUCUAUUAAAGCUCAUGACAGUGUAGUUGGAGCUGAGUCGCAGGAACUUAGAGAUAAAAUACUAAAACAAGUACCUAGUGAUCCAAGGAAAACAGUUGCAUUCUGUACUACAUGUAGCAGUAGGAGAAAACAGAGAUAUCUCUUAAUACUAGGACUGAUGAUGGUAUGA